AUUCGGGUCGCUAUCGAUGAUUUAAUGCAGCUGGCUACUUGUGCGGCAGAAGUACAUGAAGGUGAUGAAGAUAUCGUUCGUUUGGAAAUGUGAGUGCUGGCUUCGGUAAGAUGCCGGCAUAAUGAAAUACUAACACUAAUCUCCCAACAGAAACAAAACGAUGGAGUCUUUGCAGGGACUACAAAAUGCAUGCGAUUCGCCAGAUCUAACACAAAUGGUACCCGAAGAUGUGAUGACGAUGAUCGAUUCAGGUCGUAAUCCAGACAUACACACCAGAACGUUUACAAACAGACUCAAUAGCGACAAUCAACAAAUGCGCGGUCAAGCAGUCAACUUUGAUGUGAGUAGAGGAGUGCAGUGUCACUUGUACUAUGAUAAUUAAACCAUCUUUUUCCCAUCUUACAGAAAUAUCGCGAUAGACUUCGCGAUAAGCUCGAACAGGCAUUCCCAGAAAUGCAAGCUGAUUUGGAACAAGUAGAUAGAGCAGCUCUGCAAUCGCAAUCGUAGAAUCCCAAUCACAAUCAAGCCAAUUUUGUAAUUUUAAACAAGCAUACCUAUAGUACAACAGUGUAUAACAACAAUUCAUCAUCUAUGAUUCAC